UAACCCACUGAGCGAGGCCAGGUAUUGAAACCAAAACCUCAUGUUUUCUAGUUGGAUUUGUUUCUGCUGCGCCACAAGAGGAACUCCCAAGAAGUCUGUAUUGUUAACCACAUGUUUCAUUGUAUUCACAAAGUGAACCAGCUCCGAUGGGAUUCAGACUCAUUCCAAAUUUGAAAGGCUCUCUCCUCAUGAAAACUCCAGGGCUAACCGAGGUCUGGAAGCCUCUGUGGGUGACUCAGAUUUAUUUUCUGAGAUCAAAGGGAGGUUAGAAAAAUCUCAGACUGUGUGACACCCCCACAUCCCUUCCUUACCGUCCUCCCCCUUCUGGUGUUGAGAAAAAAAGAAGCGAAAAAGGUAAAAAGAGGGAAGGAAUGGCAACUGGGGACCCGCAGUGAGUAGAGAUGGGGGAAGCAGCGAGAAGGUUGACGACACCUGUCAGGAGCUUGUCUUGCUGGGGACAAGCUCCUCCUCCUUCCUCCUGCUUCCUCAGUGAGCACUUGGUGGGAGGGUGAGGGCAGAGGACCCGGGAAGAGAAAAGGAGACCCUCAGCGACCACUGCUCUUAGCCGACGGGAGGCAUCAGAUCCACAGUUCUGAGUUGGGAUCCGAGGAGCAUGGCUUAGAGAUAGAGUUGGAGCUGAGCUGCAGCCCCCCUCCCCCAUUUGACGGCCUUCCCAAGAAUAUUCCAUGGCAGUUAGGGGCCCUGUGCUGCUGAAUGGGCUGUUUUUCCCAGAUCCCAGGCCCUGUGGUGGCCACUGCUCUGCCUGAUGAAAAUAUUUAAAGAUGAAGGGAAGGGGUGAUGGGGUGGGGGAUAGAAGGGGGUCAGGGGGUGCUGAAGAUGGGGACAGGGGACAUUAGGCAUGAGCUCCCUGGGUCAGAAGGAGAAAGCGAUGAGCAACAGGAACCUGGAAAGGGCUGGGAGGGCUGGGAAGCGGGAAGGGAUGGAGGUGAGCCUGGGACGCGGUGAAGGGGUCCAGAACCGAGGCUCCAACCCCGACAGUAGCAGGGAGGUGUCUGUGGACUACCAGCUGGAGCCUUGCCGAAGCUCUCUGCUGCCUCUGCAGUGGAAGAUUACACACAGCUCCCGCUGGGUAGCGCAGGUGUUGGCCUCAGAGCUCAGCCUGCUCGCCUUCAUCCUGCUGCUGGGCAUGGUCUUUUCUAAGAAAUGGCUGUACCUCUCGAGAAGCCGCUUCCACCAGCACUGGCCCGCGAACGUUACCACCAAAAUCUACACAUCGGCUCAUAUCAUGUCCUUGGGGCUCCUGCAGAUCUGCAAAUCCAAGAGCUGUGCCAACGCCGAGAAUGGGAAAGACAGUUUCAAGCUGUGGACAAAUCACCCGGUCCUUGGGGUGGCCAAGAUAACCUUCUGCCUGGCCUUGGGGCUGGGCUUCCUCUUCACCCUCUGGUUGCACCUGCCCUACAUACCUGGUCUUCAGAGAUUGCCCUUCUUUGGCUGGAUUGGGACUGUCAUGAGCUUCUGCGAAGUUUUCUUCAUUUUCUUCACCCUCAUACUGUUCCCUAUUAAUGUCUGGAUCUUCGAGUUGAAGAAAAAUGUAUCCAUCCCCAUUGGCUGGAGCUAUUUCAUUGGUUGGCUGGUAUUUAUCCUAUAUGUCACCUGUGCGGCCCUCUGCUACUUCAACCAUUCACGUUUCUGGUGUCUGAUUCUGAGCCAUCCCUCUGGCACCGUGUCCUCCAGCAGCAGUUCCAGCUCCAUCCAAGACACUGUGAAUGAGCAGGUUGCCUCAACCAUGACCAUCAGCCAGGAGGAAGUCUUGGAUCCGGAGUCAAAGAUGGCAGCUCUGUAACCUUCUCUGAACUCCUCGCACCAAGUUCUGUCCAUUCAUCUGAAUCCCUCUCCUCCUCCCUUCCCCUAAACUCUUGAGUAGGUCAGCCCUCCUCACUGCAAAGGAAUUAGAGAGGGAGGACUUGAGGCCAGCUUUGUGCACCUCUUCCUUGUUCCUGCCUUGCCUGCAGCUUAGAUGAUGUGGAAUAAAUUGUCUGUCUCUUGUUGAUCA